UUAUAACUAGGGGGAGACCUGCACUGUAAGUAGUUUAACAGAGUGGUCACUCUGAAUAAAUACUUUGGAAAGCUUAUUAAAUAUUUUUGUGGCCACUAAAAGUUAUUACAUGGGUUAGAUGAGCAUUGGUGCAUGGGGUAAGUCUCUGCAGUUACCAUAUGCUAAUUUUUGUAAUUUAAUUGUACAGUUGACCUCCCGUAAGCGACCACAUACAGUAGGCUUGGCAUUUUGGGUGGUCACUUACAGGAGGUUUGUCUGUGCUUGUAUUAAAUUCCAAAAAUAGCUUAUAAAACACCUCAUGUUCAUCAGAGUUCUUGUCUAACUUUUCUUUGUGCUACAUGUAAAUGUAACAUUUAAUACCCUAAUAUAAUUUUGUACAUCCAGGCUUGUCAAAUGUUACAUUUUGAGUCACCCAUUGCCUUGGUCCCCACACCCGUAAAAAACCCGAAAGAAUGAGGGCUCAUCAAGGAUAAUCGGCCCUUAAUGGCAGCACUGACAUCUGUCUUAUAUUAUCACUUGGACAUAUUUGUCCUAUAGACAUAAUACAGGUUAAUGUGGACCUUAAGUUGUUUUCAAUUGUCUUUAAGUGAAAUCACGUUCAUCUAAAGGGCCGCAGAACCAUAGUCCAGUCCUGACACCAUCAGGAGAGAUGGAUACAAAUGAAGCAUCAAAGAAAGGGCUUGCAGAAAUUGCACAGGGGGUAUGGUGCUGUGCAGUGAAAGUUAAGGCACUGAUUAAUUCUGUGCCUUCACGGACAGCACUUGCCUGUUCCAUGUUAUACAUUUUUUAUCCAAAAGACAUCCUCACGGGAAAACGUCUAAAGGACUUGGACCCAAGGGUUGUUGAUGCAAUUGCAGAUUUUGCUGUGGUUGCAAGAAUAAAAGAAAGAGUCAAUAAAAAAGAAACAGAAAAUAAUGGCAACUCAAAAGAGCCGAAAAAUGUAACCCGUGGGGAUGUCAUGCAAGCCAUGCGUCAAAAAUGUAAUCAGUUGAUAUUUCAAACUAAGAGGCCGACUUACCACAAAGAAAAGUAUGUGGAAGCCAAGAAGGCCCGCUUGGAACUUGGAGAACAUGCAGUAAAUCAAUAGGCCAUAUUUAGAUUCAUAAGUUACUAUAUCUCCUCCACUAAAGGGAUACUCCCACCCCUCUGGAAAAUGUAAUUAAUAUACUACAGCUUCAUACAU